ACGCGGCUGCUGACGGUUGAACGGUUUUUGGUGGUGUAGGCCGAACUUUAUAAUUUUUUAAAAUCUUUUAUUUUUAUUUGCGUUGUGAUGGUGUUAUAAAGUUUAUAAAUACCGAAUAUGUACAUUUAAAACAAUUUGUUAUUUAGUUUCGUUUCGGAACCAGAGCUUUAAAUCAACACACCUGCAAUACACAUUUGACGCACCCGCCUAACCGCAGCAGCAGCCCGGCUUGUGUAGCCCAAGGCAGGCAGUAAAAAAGAAGGCGCAGUUUUUUGCUGUUGCAGCAGUUUUUUGUAUUCAGCAAGCUGGAGAAGACGAGGUAUACACCUGUUCAUACAUCACAUCGAAAAAAAAUGACGCAACAACCGGAAUGGGGAAUAAAAUUUUCGAGGUUUUUCCUCGUGCCACAGCGCGUGAUCCUUGCGAUCAUGGGCUUCUUGGCCAUGCUCAACGCAUACACUAUGCGUAUUUGUCUCUCGGUAGCCAUUACCGAGCUGGUGGUGAAGAGGAAUUAUACAGAUGAUAAUGGUGAAGCAGUGGCUGUGUGUAAAGCCGAUGAUUUGGACUCAGGGUCAAGCUCUAGCGGUCAAUAUGAAUGGUCAGAGGAGUUACAGGGUUAUAUUCUCUCGUCUUUUUACAUUGGCUACAUUUUGACGCACAUUCCCGGCGGUCUAUUGGCUGAGAAAUUUGGCGGCAAAUGGACGCUCAGUUUGGGCAUUCUUUCCACAGCCUUCUUCACCGUCAUUACGCCACUUGCUAUUAUUCAUGGUGGCGCUAACUGGCUGAUUAUAGUACGUAUAUUGAUGGGCAUCGGUGAGGGUACUACCUUCCCGGCAUUGAGUGUAUUGCUGGCGCAAUGGGUACCAGUGAAGGAGCGUGGCAAAUUGGGCGCUUUGGUAUUGGGCGGUGGGCAAGUCGGCACAAUUUUGGGUAACUUAUUAUCUGGUUUCCUUUUGGCUGCCUAUGACUGGCCUGUGGUUUUCUACUUCUUCGGUGGUUUGGGCAUUGUAUGGUUCAUAAUAUUUACAUUCCUUUGCUACAGCGAUCCGACGACACAUCCAUUUAUUAAGCCUAGCGAAAAGCAAUAUCUAACCAAACAUAUGGGCACCAUUGGACGUAACAAGAAUCUGGCACCCACACCAUGGAAGGCUAUACUUACUAGCUUGCCAAUGUGGGCGCUGAUAUCGGCACAAAUCGGUCACGAUUGGGGCUUUUACAUUAUGGUUACAGAUUUGCCCAAAUAUAUGGCGGACGUUAUGCAAUUCUCCAUCAAAGCCAAUGGGCUCUACUCUUCACUGCCAUACGCUGUAAUGUGGAUAUUCUCGCUGAGUUCAGGCUGGGUUGGCGAUGUCUUAAUCACACGCAAGAUUAUGAGCAUCACAAAAGUACGCAAAAUGAUGACUGGUUUGGCUGCCUUUGGUCCAGCGAUCUUCAUGGUUGCCGCUUCAUAUGCGGGUUGUGAUCGUGUUGUAGUCGUGACGCUCUUCACCAUUUGCAUGGGUCUUAUGGGUGCUUUCUAUGCAGGCAUGAAGCUAACACCACUCGACAUGAGUCCCAACUAUGCGGGCACAUUGAUGGCAAUAACUAAUGGCAUCGGCGCGAUUACAGGCGUAGUUUCGCCAUCGUUAGUCGGUUUGAUGACACCAAAUGCCUCGCUGCUCGAAUGGCGUACCGUUUUCUGGGUUGCAUUCGCCAUACUUUUCGUCACUGCCAUUGUGUACGUUAUCUGGGCGUCGGGUGAGGUGCAGGACUUUAACGAUCCACCGCGUAAGAUCGAUUUCGAAGCGGAGGAGAAGGAAAAAACAGCUGAUGGCGCGCAAAUUGAACGCUACGAAAAAAGUGAAAUAACCGAUAAGCUGUGAAGCUGUGCAGCGUGAAGAAGACUGUAAAGACACACGUGCCCAGCUGUAAUUCGUUCUAUUUGAUAGCAAAAAAAAAAAACGAAUAUUUGUGCGCGCGGGUUUCGCCAUAGCUGCCAGCUGAACUGUGGAAGCAGUGAAAGAAUUAAAAAAAAAAAAAAAUAGAAAAAAAAGAAUUCAAUAAAGUAUUUAUUUUGUAAUAUUAUAUACUUAUGUAGUUUAAGCUGUAAAGCAAACGCCAACAGCGAGACAACGAAAGUUAAAAUACUUGUAAGAAGAUAAUCAUUAAAAUCGAUUAUUUGCUGCUAUGUAUUCGUAGUAACAAAAGCUUAUAACGCUACUUAAAUGUAAAAGGCUUCUAAGUCCACUUUUUACAAUUUUGAAUUUUUGAUGCAGAA